AAUUCUGAGCUGGGGCACUUCACCAUGAGGCUGCAAAUGAAACAGAUGUGCUUGCUGUGAAUUUCUGUAGUGUCUGGAGUUUUUGUACUAAAGGUGACAACACUUUCCUUCCUGGGAUUUUUUUUUUCUUCUUUUAUUUUUCACAAACUUUCUAUAAAGGGAAUGAAAUGGAGAAGUUGAAGGAAUAUGUAUCAGUGAAAGAUGAAGAUCACUUUUAUCAUCAGGGAGCUGUGGAGCUGCUAAUCUUUAACUUUCUACUUAUUCUUACAAUAUUAACAAUUUGGUUGUUUAAAAACCAUCGAUUCCGCUUUCUGCAUGAAACUGGAGGAGCUAUGCUUUAUGGCCUUGUAAUGGGAUUAAUUAUACGAUAUGUGACAAAAUCACCAGAUGUUGAAAGUGGUACUGUUUAUGAAUGUGAAAAACUGAAAUCUGGGCCAUCCACUCUGCUUAUUAAUAUAACAAAUCAGGUCUAUGAAUAUCAAUAUAAAAGAGAGAUCAGCCACCACAAUGUCAAUGGUCACCAAGGCAAUACAAUGCUUCAAAAGAUGACUUUUGAUCCUUCCAUCUUCUUCAACAUUCUGCUGCCACCCAUUAUAUUUCAUGCUGGAUAUAGUUUGAAGAAGAGACAUUUUUUCCGUAACUUAGGAUCAAUUUUAACCUAUGCCUUUUUGGGAACUGCCAUCUCCUGCGUUGUCAUAGGGUUGAUAAUGUAUGGCUUUGUGAAGGCCAUGGUACACAUUGGCCAGUUAAAGCAAUGGGAAUUCCACUUCACUGACUGUUUAUUUUUUGGAUCGCUGAUGUCUGCCACAGAUCCAGUGACAGUCCUUGCUAUUUUCCAUGAGCUGAAUGUGGAUACAGAUUUGUACACACUCCUGUUUGGAGAGAGUGUCCUAAAUGAUGCUGUGGCUAUCGUGCUGACACACUCUAUAUCCAUUUACAGUCCUAAGGAGAAUCCUAAUGCUUUUGAUGCUGCAGCUUUCUUCCAGUCAGUGGGAAAUUUUCUGGGGAUCUUUGCUGGAUCAUUUGCCAUGGGAUCCUCUUAUGCUGUUGUCACAGCUUUGUUGACAAAAUUCACAAAGUUGUGUGAGUUUCCUAUGUUGGAGACAGGUCUGUUUUUCCUCCUAUCCUGGAGUGCCUUCUUAUCAGCAGAAGCUGCUGGGCUUACAGGCAUUGUUGCUGUCCUUUUCUGUGGAGUCACACAGGCCCAUUACACCUACAACAAUCUGUCAGCAGAUUCCAAAAUGAGAACUAAACAGUUGUUCGAGUUCAUGAAUUUUUUGGCUGAGAAUGUCAUCUUCUGCUACAUGGGACUUGCACUAUUUACAUUUCAAAAUCACAUCUUCAAUCCUCUUUUCAUAUUUGGUGCCCUUGUGGCAGUUUUUGUAGCAAGAGCUUCCAACAUAUACCCACUUUCUUUCCUUUUGAAUUUGGGUCGAAAACAAAAGAUUCCCAGGACCUUUCAGCACAUGAUGAUGUUUUCAGGUUUGCGGGGCGCAAUUGCGUUUGCGUUGGCCAUUCGGGACACGGACUCGCAGCCCAAGCAGAUGAUGUUCACCACAGCCCUGCUGGUGGUGUUCUUCACAGUCUGGGUGUGUGGGGGAGGCACCACAGCAAUGCUCACCUGGCUGCAGAUCAGAGUUGGCGUAGAUCCAGAUGAAGAUCUGAAAGCUAGAGCUGCGAGCCAGAGUGCACCUAACUUGGAUAAAAAUACAACCAAAGCUGAGAGUGCAUGGCUGUUCAGAAUAUGGUAUGGCUUUGACCACAAAUAUCUAAAGCCUCUCCUAACCCACGCUGGGCCACCUCUCACAUCAACCUUGCCGGAAUGGUGCAGCCCUGUUGCCAGGAUUCUGACCAGCCCCAGGGCAUAUGGGGACCAACUGAAGGAUGGAGACACAGUUUAUAUCAUCAACAAUGAUGAAUUGACUGAGAACUAUGAAUCAUCUGCUCACAUAGCAGUGCCAGCACAGGACAGCACAGCCUCUACCCAGGCUACAAGCAAGGAAGAUAUUCAGGAAGGAGACCUAGGAUUAGGAGGAUACAAACUCCAAAUUCAACGCACUGCAGGUCAACCCCAGAAUUCAUUGGCAUGAGCAGUGUAACAUUAAUCACAAGAAAGAAGAUGAAAACAAUGAAACAAAAGAUCCUGUUAUAAAAGCAAGAGGUCAGAAAAAAAAUGUACUAAGCACAAAAAUCAAAGAAAAUUUCAAUUUCAGCAACUAACUGCCUGCUCCUCCCAGGAAAGGAGUUUGCUAUCAUAUCCAUAUAACUACAACCAUAUGCAGGUUUUAUGACUGUAUCAGUUUUUAGGAUAAAGGCAUAGGGCAGUACCAGCCCACUGUAAAUCCACUGCAGUAAUGUCUCAGCACUUGGCUGUACCUGCCACUCACAUGUACACAGGCCUUGGAAUAUUGCUUUGAGUCUUCAGUAAGCUGAAAUGGAGAGAAAUAACCUCCUAACAUUCAUAGCCACACGACGACAGCUCUUUUCUACUGCUGAUCCUGACAAGAUCCACACAUAACUACUCAGUAGGUAGUAUAUUUAUAAGGAAGAAGCAGAAGAUUCCUUGUCCAAGGAGUGUGUGAUGUGAAAAUGCUUAAAACAUGCUUUGCAGCACCUCAGUCUUCAUAGAUAAAGCCUCAUGCCCACGGUAUAGACUUGUCCUGACAUCCAGCCUAAUAUUCUCUUUCUAAAUGCACCUUAUAGCCUGGUCCACAGAGGGUUUCUCUAGGCUGCCACAAAAUGAACGCUGAUAGCAGGAGACAUGCAGGUGUAUGAAAUCAGCAACAAACACCCUUCAUGGCAGCACUGAACGGGCACAACCACUGCUUAAAACCAAUAGUUAUUCCAAAAGGCAUUUGUCCUUACAGCUUGGCAACACGCAAAGCUUAAAUGGGGGAAAAGAGUUUUUUGUUUUGAAAGAUCAUUCUGAACAUAUACUUUGAUUUAAGAACUCAAAUGUUUCUUUUUUUUUUACUCUUUAAGAAGAGUUGUUUCUAAUCAAAUAUUUCUGCAAAAGAAUUACAUCUUCAGACUGCCUGCUCCAAGGAUAAAUUUGUCUGUCUCUCUUCUUAUGCUGGGCACUCAAUGUUACACUAGAAAUGAGGACUGUGGUGGUUAGAAAUGAAAGGGGGUGGGAAAAAAGCCACACCACACAAGAGAGAGGUAUCAAAGUUUCAUUGUUCUGCAUAGAGACAGUAAAUGGAUAACCAACUGCUCAGCCAUACAUACAGCUGGCUGUCAAAUACUAUGAGGCAUUAGUACAGAUAGCUUUGGCACAUAGCAGAGCUAAGCAGUGCAAAACCAGGGACAGAGCCAGGCUUCUGUUGUUAGAGCAUGUGCCUUUUGUCACAGCACAAGUUUCAACUAAAUAUGCAUGAUGAUGUUCCUACUAAGAAAGUCAAAACAUCAGGAGUUUUUAAGGAAGAUCAUCCUUAGUAUACAAAGAUAGCAGGCAAGAAGAAAUUUAUCUAGAAGAAUAAAAAUCAAACUGUCUCUAUUGAUAGUCCUAAAGAUGAAUAGGUCUUAAUUUCACCACAAAU